AUGGGCCCCAAAAAGAAGGUAGACAACCGCGGAGGCGGUCCAAAGCCUGGAACGAAGCAGGCCAAGGCUGCGGCAGAGAAAUCAGACAAAAAGCCCGCCCCCGCCGCCCCUGAGGAGCCGAAAAAGCCGACCGUGAAGGAGGUUAUUGGUGGCGCAUCAUGGACAGGCAAACUGCCAGUGAACAUGCUCUCAGAGCAUUGUCAGAAACAGAAAUGGGAAAGGCCGGAGUACGGCAUGAUCCAAUCUCGCGAUGGCUUCAUGUCCUCAGUAACCCUCAAAAAGGUUGACCCCAAAACCAAAGAAUUGACUGUUCUCCCACCGAUGAAAGUACCUCCCUCCCAUAAAGAAGCUGCGACGCAUUCUACGGCCCUGGAAGCCCGCCAUUUCGCCGCUGCAUUUGCCCUUUUCCGUGUCUGCAAUAUGCGCAACCUACACAUGAUGCUUCCACCAACAUACAAGAAGCUAUGGAGAGAAGAUUUCACCGAAAUUAAGACAUCCGAUACAAAGGAGGGCAAAGGUUGGCUUUAUGAAGCGGAUCCAUUCUUAGCCAAGCAAGAGCGCGAGAGUGCGGCUGCCGAUCUGGAGAAGAAGAGGGCGGAGCGUCUCAAAGCACAAGCCAAGGAGAAAGUCUCUUCUGCCGAUAUUGGACUUGGAAGUGGAGAUGGCAAAAGUAAACGCAUUUGGUCACAGGCUCCCAAAGUGGACAUGGGUGCUCGCAUCCGUCGUGAUAUUGAAGGUCUUUUACGGCAACAUACUGUUUGGAACGCACACGGCGUGAAGAUUCCACAAAAGGAAAUGCAGGCCAUCGUGGAGGAAUUUUCAAAACUUGGGUUCCGUCGCAGCCACGUUGAAGAGGCUGCAGCUGAAUGUAAAGACCGCGAGGAGGUGCUGGAGUGGCUGCUUGUCUAUGUCCCUGAGGAUGAUCUGCCGCGCUGGAGUUUACCUGAGGGUUACUCUGCCGGUGUUAGUCUUGCGUCUGGAGAUCUAGCCCGUGAAGCCAAGAUCAAAAGACUUGCUUCGGUUGGUUACCCGGCCGAUCUUUGCUCUCAAGUACUCGACAGCAAGAAGGGCGAUGAACUCGCGGCCGCAGAAUAUCUGCAAAGCACAUUGGCCCAUGGAGCAGCGUUCGCCUCUGCUUCCACGCCCGAUGGCGAUGCAGAGGCUUGGAACGAGGAACAAGAGACUCUCGAGGCUAUUUUCGGUGAACGCUAUUCCCGAAUUUCAGACAGGGUCUGCGAAAUCAAGAGCGAGGCCUCCGAGCUUUCAGAAAAUACCAUCAUUCGCUUCCAGGAACCAUCUACCCAUUACCCAACCACCCCGCCUGUCAUAAUCAUCCAGGCUAAGAGUAUACCGGCCUAUAUUCGACUCAGCGCUAUUCGUCGGGCGGUCCAGUAUGCCGAAGAAAAUUUCAGCGGAGAGUCUAUGAUCUUCAACAUUUUGGACUGGUUGGAAGUUAACCUUCCUGAUAUCAUGGAGAACCCUGGCAGACUACGAGAGAUCUCCGCUGUGACUGCUUCGUCAUCAGCUGAAACUAUGGAGAUUCCUGUACGAUCUAGUCGCAAGCAACGCAAGGGUAUCGACUGGAAGCCCAACUCUCCUCAGAGCCUCGCCAUUCGGGAUGCAUGGGAAGUCAAGCAAGACACUACGGCGCAGAUCGAUAUGUCCCGUAAACGGCAGUCGUUACCAGCAUGGAACAUCCAAGAUGCUAUUAUUCAGACCGUCAACUCAAACCAGGUUACCAUUAUCUCUGGUGAAACCGGCAGCGGUAAAAGUACACAAUCUGUACAGUUUGUCUUGGAUGACAUGAUUAAGCGUGGGCUUGGGGGAGCUGCAAACAUCAUCUGCACUCAGCCUCGAAGGAUUUCAGCCCUUGGUCUCGCCGAUCGUGUCAGUGAUGAGCGUUGCUCAACCGUGGGUGAUGAAGUUGGCUACGUGAUUCGUGGCGAGUCGAAAGCCAAGCCGGGUGCUACCAAGAUCACAUUCGUGACUACUGGUGUCUUGCUCCGCCGAAUCCAGUCCGGCGGUGACGCUGAUGGCAACAUUGGAAGUUCCUUGGCGGAUGUUUCUCAUGUUGUGGUUGACGAGGUCCACGAGCGUAGUUUGGACACUGAUUUCCUCUUGGCCCUUCUCCGCGAUGUUCUACGCUACCGAAAGGAUCUGAAGGUCAUUCUCAUGAGUGCUACACUCGAUGCGGAUAUCUUCAGAAAUUACUUUGGUGGCUAUGAUAACGUUGGCCUUGUCAACAUCCCAGGCCGAACCUUCCCUGUUGAUGACUACUAUCUCGAUGAUGUGAUCAGGUAUACGGGCUUUGCUCCCGAAUUGGAUGAUGACUUUGAGGAAGAUGCACCACGAGAGCAGGAGUCCUUGGGCAGAGCUCUUCGAAGCGUCGGCAUGGGCAUCAAUUAUGAAUUGAUUGCGACCACUGUCGAAUACAUUGAUGAUCAACUAGGCGAUAAUCCUGGAGGCAUUCUCAUCUUCCUGCCAGGAACUAUGGAAAUCGAAAGAUGUCUAAAUUUCGUCAGGAGAAUCCCUAAUGCACACCCGCUCCCUCUACAUGCCUCUUUGCUGCCAGCUGAACAAAAGCGUGUCUUUCAAAGUGCGCCCAGAGGAAAGAGAAAGGUUAUUGCCGCGACUAAUGUGGCGGAAACAUCCAUUACAAUCGAGGAUGUUGUGGCCGUCAUCGAUACUGGCCGAGUGAAAGAGACCAGUUAUGAUCCAAAGGACAACAUGGUCCGUCUUCAAGAGGUAUGGGCAUCACAGGCUGCCUGUAAACAGCGCCGCGGUCGUGCAGGUCGUGUCCGUGCCGGCACCUGCUACAAGCUAUACACCCGCAAAGCUGAAUCGAAUAUGGCUCAACGACCCGAUCCUGAGAUUCGCCGCGUUCCUCUGGAGCAACUAUGUCUGUCUGUGAAGUCCAUGAAGGGCAUAGAUGACGUCGCCACGUUCCUUGGAAAUACCAUAACUCCUCCAGAAAGCAUUGCUGUGGAAGGUGCCCUCAACUUCCUGCAUAGGAUCGGAGCCAUGGAUCACGACAGCCUGACAGCGCUGGGCCGAUACCUCUCCAUGAUUCCAGCCGAUCUUCGCUGUGCCAAGUUAAUGAUUUACGAGUCCCUUCGUCUCCCCCGCGAGAAACGAGAAGAAGCAGACGCCGCAAAGGCAGCCUUUUCACGUCCUGGCGAUGGUGAUCUUCUCACCGAUCUACUGGCCUACCAGUCCUGGUCCGAGCUUGUGCGUGCCAAUGGCUACUGGAAGACGCAAACUUGGUGUGCAUCGAAUUUCCUCUCCCACCAAACCCUCCGUGACAUUUCGUCCAAUCGUGCCCAAUUCGUCACAUCCCUCAAGGAUGCGGGAAUCUUGCCGGUAGCUUACACCGAUGCAUCCGCAACCUGGAACCGCAACGCCUCGAACCGAAACCUCAUCCGUGCGCUGGUGGCCGGCGCAUUCCAGCCGCAAGUCGCGCAAAUUUCCUUCCCGGAUAAGAAGUUUGCCAGUUCGGUGACUGGUACGGUCGAGGUUGACCCGGAUGCGCGGACGAUCAAAUACUUUAACCAGGAGAAUGGCCGCGUCUUCAUUCACCCUAGCUCCAUUCUCUUCUCGGCGCAGGGAUACCCCAGCUCAGUGGCUUAUCUGAGUUACUUUACAAAGAUGGCGACAAGCAAGGUCUUCAUCCGUGAUCUCACUCCUUUCAACGCCUACUCUCUCCUGCUAUUCUGUGGCUCCAUCACUCUCGACACGAUGGGCCGUGGUCUUGUCGUUGAUGGCUGGCUUCGUCUCCGUGGCUGGGCCCGGAUCGGCGUUCUCGUCUCCCGUCUACGAACCAUGUUGGACGAAGCCCUUGCUGCGCGUAUUGACAAUCCGGCUCUUGGAUCAGAUGGUGGGGCGGGUGAUAAGGUCAUUGAAGCUGUGAAGAGACUGAUCGAGUUCAACGGACUUGAUCAAUGA